UUUCGAAACUUACUAAAAACUUACUAAAUGUUAGUAAUCUAACAUGAGUUUUUGUUAAGUGUGGAAUGUUUCAUAUCUAUUAAUAAAUAGCUCAUCAAAGUCAUAAUUUAUUUAUUGGCAAACGAAAUUGAUUGGCGGAUCAUAAAAGAAAUGAUGUGGCAACUUUAGAAACUCUACAAAAGACUGCACAAGAUUGGCCGGAGACCUCAUUUUUUUCCAACAGUCAUUAAAGUGUCAAUUAUAAAAAUCAAAAAUGAAUUUCAACUAACAACAACAAAAAUUGCAUUAUAAUUUAUAAAAAUUUCAACCUCUCAACAUAUAAAGAAGGAUAAUUUUAAUUUAUAAAGGAAAUUUUAUCUUCUUCAAUUUGUGUGAAGGAUAAAUAAAGUUUAAAAAAUUUAUUUCAAAAAUGGUGACAAAAGUGCCAAUGUGUCAAGUGCCACUUGAACCAAAAUGGCGUCGUGGACCUAAUUAUAUUUAUGAAAAAAAUUAUGGAUACGGAAUAAACUAUUAUCAACCGAUGAUUGAUUAUAUUGAUGAAAAAGAGAACAAUAUCAGAGCCAAGUCAGCAUAUCCCCACUUGCCUUGGUCAGAUGGUCGUGCAUUUUGGGAACACAAGCAAGUGAGGCCUUACAGUAGGCAAGACCUUGUGAAACACGCAAUUAACGCCGAAGCAAAGGCUAGAGAGCAUUUGGAAAAUUUCAAGCUAGCGAAACGAUCAGAUUUUAGUCUGACAAAAACAGUAGAAGCGGCUCACGUUACAAAAGAAAUACUCGAGGGCAGAUUAGAUACAUUGGCAUUGGAAACGGUGAAACCAAGGAAAAAAAUUAUUCUCGAAGACGAAAUAGAAGAGAUGUCGGGUCGAGAAAUUCAAUCAUUGAAAGACAUUCAUGAAAUAUCAAUGAUCAAUGAUACAAUUGAUUAUGGUAAAAGUUUACGUGGUAAAUCAGCGAAAGCAAUUGAAAUGCAACUUAAAACUGAGGCAUUCAAAAAUCUUUCACGAGCACAUGAAAUAGCUGAUAUAAAAAAAUGGCAAAAAGAAGAGACAAUUCAUCAUCAUGAAUAUCAUGAGGAAUCCGAACAUCGUCAAAUAAUACAAGAAUUACAAACAAAUUUAACUGACAUGGAAAAAAUAGCCGAGCCAUUGUCGGCAUUAAAAAGACAAUUAAAAUGUUACGAAGAAAAAACGAGCAAUUAUUUUUCAGAUACAAGGUAUUCAAUUAGUAGUAGAAAAAUAAGGAAAACAUUUUGUGUGACAUCAAUUCGAUAAUAUCAUCAAUAUUAUUGACCAAAUUCAGGUCAAUAUGAAACUAACGGAAUUACAUCUCAUUAUUAAAUAACUUUACAAUUGUGAUUUAAUAUUAGAACUAGCAAAAUUACACGCGCGCGUCCAACUUUGAAUGCAAUGGUUGUUUUAAAAUAAUAACAAUAAUAAUAAUAAUAAUUCUGCAUCAGUGGAGUAAUAAAUUAAUAAUAGGUAUAUUUCUAAUUUUCACGUUAUCAUUUAUUUAUACACAGAAAAAAAAUGAGUUUAAUGUUAUAUAGUGAUUUUUUAGUUAAGCCAGCUCAUAAUUAGUUAAUACAGCAAAAAUAAUUUAGCUAAGUUAAUUUUUAAAUUUAAUAAACUUGUAAAACUAUUAGUUCGAUUGUUGGACGGUAACAACAAUGAAAA